CGUACUCUACCGAGUCUCCGGGUUACGCAUGCUGUUUGCAAGGUAGUCGAACUAGCACAUCGACUUUCUUUGCAGUUCACGAUAUACAUAUGAGUUGAAGUCUGCCGGUGGGAACGGGAUCUGCGGGACACGGAAUACAAGCAAAAAUCGUGGAAUUACUGGCCUCGCAGAAAUGAAACGCUCAGCACAGCAAUGGCUUCGAUGCGUCUGUCUCCUGAUACUUUCCCAGACCGCGUUGUCCAUGGUGCUCCUCAACUCUACUGACUUGAGCGCCUUGUUGGAGAAGUAUAUGGAUGAGGACGGGGACGGGUGGCAGGCGAAACAACGCGGGAAGAGAGCCAUCAGUCAAAGCGACAUGCAAGCGAUCCUGGAUCUGCACAACAAACUCAGGGGCCAGGUGUACCCCCAGUCCUCUAACAUGGAGCACAUGGUGUGGGACACGGAGUUGGAGCGGUCAGCCGAAGAGUGGGCGGAGACUUGCCUGUGGGAGCACGGACCAGCCGGACUGCUGCCUCAGAUUGGACAGAACCUGGGGGUCCACUGGGGAAGAUACCGUCCUCCAACGUCCCAUGUGCAGGCGUGGUAUGAUGAGGUCAGGGACUACUCCUUCCCCUACCCUCAGGAGUGUAACCCCCACUGCCCCUUCAGGUGUUCUGGACCGGUCUGCACACACUACACACAGCUCGUCUGGGCCACCAGUAACCGGAUCGGCUGUGCCAUCAAUUUGUGUUACGACAUGAACGUGUGGGGCCAGAUCUGGUCCAAGGCUGUUUAUUUGGUCUGCAAUUACUCGCCCAAGGGGAACUGGUGGGGCCAUUCUCCAUAUAAACACGGUACCCCAUGCUCAGCAUGCCCGCCCAGCUACGGAGGAGGCUGCAGGGACAACCUGUGCUAUAAAGACGACGGCACAUCCAGGCGUGUUCCCCCUGAGGACCGAGAGGAAAACAACUCCAUCGAGCCUGAGCCCCAGCCCCAGCCCCAGCCCCAGCCCCAGCCCCAGCCCCAGCAGCCCCAACCAGAGCCCCAGCCCCGCCAGCAGCAGCCCCCUCCCACCAGACCCCCCACCGUGGAGCUGGACAGGAACGAGGUGGUCAGCACCCAGCAGAUGUCCCAGCUCGUGAACUGUGACACCAAGCUUCGUGAUCAGUGCAAGGGAACUCCCUGCAACAGGUAUGAGUGUCCAGCUGGGUGUCUAGAUACGACAGGAAAAGUCGUUGGAACUGUUUACUACGAAAUGCAAUCCAGUAUUUGCCGGGCUGGUCUGCAUUACGGAGUAAUUGACAAUGACGGCGGCUGGAUGGAUGUGUCCAGACAAGGGAGACAGGAGUUUUUCAUCAAAUCCUUAAAGAAUGGAGUGCAGUCUCUGGGGAAAUACCAGAGUGCCAACGCGUUCACAGUGUCAAAAGUGACAGUGAAAGUCGUCACGUGCGAGACGACGGUGGCCCAGCUGUGUCCCUACCAGAGGCCUGCCAAGCACUGCCCCAGGAUAUAUUGCCCACGGAACUGCAUGCAAGAGAACCCUCAGAUAUCACGAGUCAUUGGGACCGGAAUCUAUUCGGACAAAUCCAGCAUCUGUAGAGCUGCGGUCCACGCCGGGGUGAUAAAGAACGCGUCUGGAGGAUACAUUGAUGUGAUGUCUGUGGACAAGAGGAGACAGUACAUCGCCUCCUACCAGAACGGCAUCUUCUCAGAAAGUUUGCAGAACCCCCCAGGAGCCAAGGCAUUCCGAGUAUUUGCUGUCAUCUGAGCGCGUGCAGACUCAGUGGCCAACCCGCUGGGAGAACAGUUUGGUGUUGAAGCUGUAGGUGUGGCUCCGCGGAAGGCAAAACUGGCUGGUUUAUCCGAAAGGCUAAAGGCUAAAAGUCACCAUCAGCUUUGGUGAUGAUGAUUGAGCAAAGAACACUUGACACAAACAAACAAAGAAACAAAAAAACAAAAUGCAUUCUGGGAAGCCGGUCUCUCAUGGUAACCUGUUUAGUAUCCACUUUCAAAGAAGAGAUUCCUCAAAGUUUGUUUUUUCUCUUCUGGUGCUGUUCCAAGAGUAGAAUGUGUGAAUUGUGUUUUUAUUGGGUUAGCCAGAUCUCAUAGUCAUAUAAUCCUGUUGUCAGAUCACCCAUUGUGCCUGGAAGAUAUUGCAUUUUUAUGUGUUAGCACUUAACUGUAAGUCUAUAAUCUUCUGUAAUUUAUGUUUCACACUCUGGCACAUUUUGUUGUCUCGGUUUUAUGGAUGAGCUGUUGUGUCAAUUGUCUCUGUGUCUUAGAAAUAUGAUAAAUAUGUGGAGAAUGAAUUGCCAUUCAGCUAUUUUUUUAUAUUUUUGUAUCACAAAGUGUAUUUACAGGGGUGCUGCUACAUGUAUGGUAUGUGGGUGCUUGCGUCUAUGUGGUUUGUAGAUGGGUUUAUGUAUGUGUGUGUGUGUGUGUGUUUACGUGCGUGUGUGUGUGUGUGUGUGUGUGUGUGUGUGUGUGAGUGUAACAAAUUUAAGUAAGUAACAAAUUACAUCAAGUUAUUCCUAAGCAAUAAAGUUAAAUGUAAUGUCAUGUUAUGUUUGUUGUUUCAAAAGUUGGAACAGUAUGGGCCUUAUGCCUCCAGCACUUGGGAGUUUCAUGUCUUGGCCAAACGUCUCUGUGGAUGUCAUGCACACUGCAGCUCCAUCUUGAGCUCUGCACCAGAUUUGUCAACACCUCUCAUGGCAUGCCAGGGACCUGUUUGCAGUGGAAUUUGUUGGGGUGGCAGAGUCUGCACACGUGCAGAUGCCCUGUAUAUACAGGUGUGUUAUUUCACAAUGGCUGUCACAGCCGCUGGCCUGGUGGAAAUGCAUUAUGGGAAGAGAGCUGGUGGCUAGUCCCCACUCCUGCUGGUCAGGAGUGAUAUGUACAGUGUAGUGUCCGUCAAAGUCCUUUUUGUCCCGUAAAGACCUAAUGAAUAUGCCUAAUCUCGUCACAGCUGUUUCUGUUCCACAGCUAUGUGUUUUUGGAAGUGUAAAUGUUAUAUUUAUAACAGUGCAUCUAAUGUAUUCGUGUGUUUUACAUGUGUUAUUGAC